CGAUUUUUCAGCUUAGUUUUGGCGGUUAUGUUGGCGACUGAACACAAGUUUCGGUCUUAAUUUUUAUUGUUUGUAAAAUAAUUGUUUUGUUUUAUAAAAUGGUAACACCUUUCAUGAAAGCAGAAUUAACUGCUGCAGUUACCAGUUUGGGUUAUACAGAAGGAAAUAAAUAUUUCAAAGAUCAAUAUUGCCUUGAGGCCCUGAAGGAUUUGAUUCGCUAUCUUCGAAGAGAUGACGAUACCAUCGGAAUCAGAAGAGAACUUGGACAGAUGAAACUUGUUCAGACUAAUCUGAUACCUAUUCUUUGUGAAUAUCACAGUGAUGAAGCCUUGUUUGAUGUUGCACUUCGUCUUCUCGUGAAUCUAACAAAUCCAACCCUGUUGUUAUUCAACGAAGAGAUGCCAACUGAUAAAGUUGAGAGAAACUAUUACCUGCAACAUGUUGGCCAUUUACAGAGUUACAAACCAGUUCUAGCAUCUGAUAAAUUUUGGAUGGUUUUAACUGAUAAACUCAAGCUGCUUUUAGUCAAAGAGCCAGAAGAUCGAAUGGAAGAUGACAAGCUGUUAACAGAAAGAAUUCUCAUUUUGAUAAGAAACAUCUUAGAUAUCCCUAUUACACCUGAAGACGAAAAAAGAACAGAUGAUGACGCAAGUGUACACGAUCAGGUGCUAUGGUCCAUGCAUCUCUCUGGAAUGGAAGAUGUUAUCAUUUAUCUCGCGUCUAAUGAAAAUGAGCGUCACUUUUGCAUGCAUGUUAUGGAAAUCAUUUCUCUCAUGCUACGUGAGCAGAAUCCCGCUUCUCUUGCUCAAACAGCUGCCCAACGUUCAGUUGCUGAAAAACAGAAGGACACGGAAGAACUGGUGGCCAUGGUUCAAAAAGAAAGCAGCGAACGGGAAGCUAGAUACAAAAAGAUGACCGCCUCUAGAAGUUCCAUAUUUCGUGGAACUUUCUGCGUGAAAGAUGUCAAGUCGAUCACUGACAAAGACCUAAUCGUUCACCGAACUUUGACUGAUGGUAAACCCAUCGAUUUCCACCAGAACAAGACAGGCAAAAGAAAAGCCAAAAACCGGAUGCCUCUGCCCAGCUGCAAUGUGACACGCAAGUCGACCCUCUCCAUUCGUUUAAUGCUGAAAGAAUUCUGUCUCCAAAUGUUGAAUGGCGCCUACAACUCCCUGAUGCACAUCGUCAAAGACUGUCUGGUUCGUUUGAAAACCCAAGAUCACGAUGAAACUUAUUACUUAUGGGCCGUAAAGUUUUUCAUGGAAUUUAACCGCAAUUGCGGUAAAUUUCGGGUCGAAUUGGUCAGUGAGACCAUGUCGAUUGGGUUAUUCCAUUACAUCCAGAACCAGGUUCAAACUUAUUCGGAAUCAAUUACGGUAGACAAGAAGAAAGCUGCUCUAUGGUCCCGUCGGCUCAAUGUCGCUCUGUGUGCCUACCAAGAGUUAUUGAUGACGCUCAACGCCAUGGAUAAAUACGGCUCUGAAUCCAUCCGCAAUUCGUCUCGAGUCCUUAAAAGCAACGUCUUUUAUGUGCCAGAGUAUCGUGAGAUGUGCCUCGUUUUGCUCCUAAACUACAAAGAAAAUCAACACUCGCUGACCUACCUGAAAGAUUUGGUCGAAACCAAUCACAUCUUCUUGAAACUCUUUGAACAGUUCGCAAAGGGCAAUCGUCAUCUGGUCGUCCAGAACAAGUCAAAAGUGCCUCAGAAGCGGAAGAAGAGCAAACCGAAGAAAAAGAAGUCGGAGGAGGAAGAAACGCCCCCGCCAAUUUUCGACGAGAUUGCCGUGGAGAUCAGCUCUGCCUUACAAGAAAAACCUUCUCUAACGGACGACGUUGUUCCCUUUGACGCCGCCUCCGAUCUCCCGAUGGAUGAUCAAAGGGUUAUAGCCAUGGGAAAAAUCGUAAAACUGCUGAAAGAAUCCAAAUCCCAUCUGGCUGUGGCUCUACUGCGGGCUUGUCGUGAAGUUUGGCCGGAAGGGGAAGUCUUUGGUGCUCCUGAAGUGGGUCCAGAAGACGAGCUGCUUCUUUUACGCGAACUCUAUCAUACCGAAUUACCGAAUGUUGCAGGGGAGGAGCCCAAUGCCGAAAGCGAAGAAGAAGAUGCUGACAACAAAGAAACGGAGGAAGAAGAAGAGGAGAUGUCGACAGUCAGACGGAGUGAAAAAGAACUUCAAUUUGAAGAGUUUAUUCGCAGAUUCGCUCACAAAAACGUCGUCAAAAGUUACUGCCAUCUCUUGCGAAGUUACUCCACCAACACGACUUUGACAAACCACUGCGUGAUCAAAAUUCUCCACCGGAUCGCCUUCGAUUGCAAAAUGCCCGCCAUGAUUUUUCAGUUGUCCAUUUUCAAGACAUUCCAGAAAAUUAUGGACGAUCCGCGGGCCAAAACUGAAACUACUGUCAAAGAAUUGUACAAGUUUGCUAUUUACAUCAUGAGAAAAUUUGCGGAAACGGCAGAAGUCAACCCGAAAAUCUUUGUGGAACUGUUGUUCUGGAAGACGGCCCGCGAGGCGGCCGAGAUCGAAGUCGGUUACGGCAAUGUCCAAGACCCCAGCUCGCGUUUUGGCUGGAGCGAAGAGGAAGAAGAUGAAUUGCAGCGGCUCCAUCAAGAAUUCAGAGACGUCCAAGAAGGGGAAGGAGACGUCGUGGAUCGAAUCAUGGCCAAUCUGAUCAAUCAGACCCGCAGUCGACGAGUCAUCAUCAAGAAAAUGAAAGAAAUGGGUCUCAUUAUGGACGCCAAAAGCUUGGCUAAGACGAAACGAUCCUCCAAAAUCCGCCCGUCCAAAGAAUGGACUGAACACGAAGUGGAGGAGCUCAGACGCAUUUUCCCUGAAGUUCGCGAAUCAUCAGAUCCACUUGGAAUGCUUAUCGACCGGCUGCCCGUCCGGCGUGCCAAGAAUCGCGUCCGCGAAAAAAUCAUCGAGCUGGGCCUGGUGGAAGACGUCAAAGAGUUACGAAAGAAACGUCCAGGUAAAUCAGCCAGAAGCAAGGAAUCGAACCGCGAUGAAUCGGAUUCGGAGGACGGCCGAGCCGAGCCCAGGGAAGGACCUGCCGGACUGGUGGAUUCCGAGUCAGACGAAAGUGAAGAGUCCGACGAAGGGGAAAGCGACAACGAGCCUGUCAGCAAGACGAAGGAGCUCAAGACUCGACAUCGACCCAAACAGUACGGAUUCGCCUUGAAGAAAAGCGAUUAUUUUAGUCCCGAAAUGUUAGCAGCGCCACUCCGGCAACUUGUCAGCGACGGCCGUAAAGAAGGCUUAGCCUGGUUGGUCGAGUGCCUGAGUGAAACCCUCGAGGAUCGUGAAGAUGGAGAAGGCGAUGAGGAGGCCAUCCCUAUAGUCCCGCUCACGGACAUUUCCAACGACGCCAUGGAGGACCACACCUUUUUGAAAUUUAUCGCCAAAUUGGGAUUGGCUCCACCCGCCAGCGAACAAGAGCAAUUCUGGCGCAUCCCUUCCACAUUGACUUCAGCUGAUCUACGUUCCAGGAUCGAUUUUCUAAAAGGGGCGACCGAUUCCGUAAGUGACGGAGAUGCCAUGGACGAUUUGGCCGGACCGGUCGAAACGAUUGCCAACACCAACAGCAGCAGCAGCGCGAAACGAGUGGCUGACGAUCCAAUCCCUUUGGGCUCUCAAAAGCGUCGCCGCAUCAUCAAUUCGGAAUCUUCAAACAGCGAAAGCGAAGAACCGCCACCGGAGAAACUGCAAGAUGUUGAACAACAAAAGGUCGAGGCUGUUGUUGAUGCCGAAACUCCGUCGACAGCUGCGUCAACAACAAGUCGCAAACGGUUCGCCAUCGUCGAUAGUAGCGAUUCCGAAUGAAAUGAUUUCGAUUCUUUCGAAAAAUACGCACAUGAGGAAUUACAACAACAACAAAAGAAAGAAAAGUUGCAGCGGAAACAAUCAAUGGCUUUGUUUGUCUCCGCUUUUUUUCAACUUUUUUAUUUUUUCUCAAUUCUCCACUUGGAACGUAUAUUGAAAUAAGUUUGUUUAUCGUCUCUUUGCCAAAUACACGGGCUUAACCAAG